GAAGUGGGCGGCGGCGGCUCUCGGGAACUGCCCUGGCUGCUCCUCUGUCUUCCCCAGCGGGGGCGGGUUGGGUUUUCCCCGAGUCUUCUCGAAAGAUAGGAGGAAGGCAGGGAUCGGGGUGUCCUGACUCUCCCUCCCAGGCCUGGAAAAAAACAGGUUUUGUCAGGCUAUGUACACACACACACACACACACACACACACACCGAGGACGGGAGAGAAAGGAAAAAAGGCCCCCUCCCCCUGAGGAAGUGAGCCCAUGAUUAACCCCUCUGCUGCCAAAUCCUUUUCCCAGCCAACUUUGUGGAACAAAGGUGAAUUUGAACUUGGCCAAAAAAAACCCCCCUUUUAAAUGCAGAAGUGAGGAAAUCCUCCUUGCACCCCAGUAUCGAGCAUGCAUUCUUCUUUAUACAAUCCCAUCGAGUUUUAAGUAUGUCUGACGUGGCAUUCCGAAUGGUUACUUCAUUACUAGAAAAUGCCAAAACAAUGAUGUAGUCAUUAUGGAUUUGCAGGGAGCACACUAGUGAUUGUUACUCAACAGAAUUUGUGUUUUUAAUAUUUGCUGGGAAUAGAUCAAGGAAACAAUGACAAUGGACCAGGAUAUGGAAAUAGCUUCCUUUUUAUUCAAACAAAUGUCAUAACUGUAUUUGUUUUGUUUUUUAAAAAACAGUCAAUUCUACCUGGCACCUAAUUUAUGUGUAAAUAUGGAUAGUUAUGAUCUCUUUUUCCUAUUAGGGAGAAAUAAGCAUUUAUUAUCCACCUAUGUGCCAGGCACUAUGCUAUAUAUUGAGAAUUUAAAAAAAAAAGAAAAGAAAAGAACAAAAAGAAAAAAACAUGAAGUUCCCUCAAGGAAUUUAUAUUCUAUCUGGGGUGGUUGUUCAGUUGUUUCAGUCAUAUCUGAUUCUCUGUGACCCCAUUUGGGAUUUUCUUGGCAGAGUUACUGGAAUGGUUUGCAAUUUCCUUCUCCAGCUCCCUUUACAGAUGAGGACACUGAUGCAAACCAGGUGAAGUGACUUUUCCAGGGUCACACAGCUAGGAAAGAAUUUUACUUUCUGAGUGAGCCCAGGUGGAAGAACUGACCUGGCUAAGAAUUGGAAGACAGGCGGACAAUCAUCACUUUCCAGAGAAGAUGACUUUUAAGAGUUUUGAAGAUUCUAAAACUUGUGUGCCUCCAGACAUCAAUAAAGAUGAAGAUUUUGUAGAGGAAUUUAAUAGAUUAAAGACAUUUGCUAAUUUCCCAAGUAGUAGCCCUAUUUCCGCAUCAACAUUGGCGCGAGCAGGUUUCCUCUAUACUGGUGAGGGAGAUACUGUCAAGUGCUUUAGCUGUCAUGCAGCUGUAGAUAGAUGGCAGUAUGGAGACUCAGCAGUUGGAAGACAUAGAAAAGUAUCCCCAAACUGCAGAUUUAUUAAUGGUUUUUAUUUUGAAAAAAAUGCUACACGGUUUCCAAAUCCCAUUAUCCAAAACUGUCAGUACAGAGUUGAAAAUUGUUCAAGGAAUAGAAAUCACUUUGCUUUGGAGAGACCCUCUGAAACUCAUGGGGAAUAUCUUUUGAGAACAGGCCAGGUCAUUGAUAUGUCAGAUACCAUAUACCCACGGAAUCCUUCCAUGUGUAGUGAAGAAGCUCGACUGAGAUCUUUUCAGAAUUGGCCAGACUAUGCUCACCUUACCCCACAGGAGUUAGCAAGUGCUGGACUCUAUUACAUGGGCUUUGAGGAUCAAGUGCAGUGCUUUUGUUGUGGGGGCAAAUUAAAGAAUUGGGAACCGUGUGAUCGGGCAAUGUCCGAACACAAGAGGCAUUUCCCUAAGUGUUUUUUUGUCUUGGGACGGGAUGUUGGUAAUACACGAAUUGAAACUGAUGUUAGCUGUGAUAGGAGUUGCCCAAACCCUACCCAUCUCCCAAGGAAUCCAGCCAUGGCGGAUUAUGAAGCACGACUCAUUACCUUUGCAACAUGGAUAUACUCGGUUAACAAGGAGCAGCUUGCAAAAGCUGGAUUUUAUGCUUUAGGUGACCACGAUAAAGUACUAUGCUUUCAUUGUGGAGGUGGACUUACUGAUUGGAAACCCAACGAAGACCCUUGGGAACAGCAUGCUAAGUGGUAUCCUGGAUGUAAAUAUCUAUUAGAAGAAAAGGGCCAGGAAUAUGUCAGCAGUAUUCAUUUAGUGCAUCCAUUUAACAGUUCUAUGGCAGAAUCUCGCAAAAUGGCUUCAUCAGUAACUCAAGAAAUUGAUGACAGUGUGUUGCAGAAUCCUCUGGUACAAGAUGCCAUACGAAUGGGUUUCAAUUUUCUUGAAAUUAAGAAAAUCAUGAGAGAAAAGAUACAAUCAUCUGGAAACAACUAUACAUCGCUUGAACUUCUGGUAGCAGAUCUAGUGAGUGCUCAGAAAGAAAGCUCACAAGAUGGAGAGUCAAGUCCAACUUUAUCAGAGAAAGAGAUUAGUACCGAAGAACAGCUCAGACGUUUGCAAGAGGAAAAGUUGUGUAAGAUCUGCAUGGAUGAGAACAUCGCUGUUGUUUUCAUCCCUUGCGGACAUCUGGUUAGCUGUCAGCUGUGUGCCGAAGCAAUUGACAAGUGUCCGAUGUGUUACACUGUCAUUACUUUCAAGCAAAAAAUUUUUAUGUCUUGAUGGGAAUUCUGUAGUUGGAUAAGUCAGGUCUCCCUGUUGACUUGACUAUGAUAUGAAGCCACUGGACUGGCUUUUGAUGAUACCUAAAAGAAGAAAAUAUGCCAACAAAGAUUAACUUUUCCUAAAAAUGGAACAGGUUUAUCCCUUAAAAUGUCUUUGAACCCUUAGUGUAGUAUCCUUCUAUUUCGUUUUUUGUUUCGCAGUGAGCAGUAGAGUAGGAAGCCAUCCCCAAACUGAUCCCAGUGUAUGCUUCUAGGUGUGCUACUUCUUAUUGACUUGACUGUGUAAUAUGAAGCCAUUGGAAUGGCUUUUGAUGGUAUUUGAAGGAAGAAAUAAUGCAGACGAUAACUUUUCCUAAAAACUGAAGAUUCCUCCCUUGAAAUGUCUUUGAAACUUUAGUGUGUGUGUUGUGUGUGGGUGUGUAUAUAUAUGUAUAUAUAGAGCGUGUCUUUCUAAUUUGUCUUUCACUGUAAUCAGUAGAGUAGGAAGCUAUCCCUAAACUGACCACAAUGUUUGCUUCUAGGUGUGCUGAAUGAGCAUCAACGUAAGGGGUUUAAUCAACUGUGAAUUGUUCAGUCUUAUAAAAGACUUGGUAAACACCUCUGAGUCACCGUAGAGAUUGUGAUUAACUUGCCUCUUUGUUCAUAAAAGGAAGGAACUGUCCAGGCAGUCGUGAAAUGGGGCUAAUUUGUAGAUAUUUAUAUAGUUUUUCUUUCAAAUGAUAAUGAGGAUUAAAACAGUAGUACCAAAGACCAAAUGUAUAUGAGAAUGGUAAAAGAAAAACAAUUCCUUUUGCUAUUUAGGUAAUUAUUUAUGACUUAAAAGGCUUAAUUGUGCUUAAACACCUACAAACAUUAGUCACUCAGCACCAAUUUUCCUAAUUCUCCCAAGAAUGGAAAGCUUUUCAUUUUAGAUUGGUACUGAAAAGCUUUAGUUGUCUUUUAGCAUGUAGUGGGGGGUGGGGGUGGGGAAAGAAAGAAAGAAAGAAAGGAUGAAAUUUUCCCCCGUCUCUUGUUUCCAAGUCAAAUAUUUCUGAUUUCCUAAAGUUAGGCAUGGAAAAGACUCCUCAUUCAUAAGUAAGACAAUGAACACUUCUCCCAUUUAAGCCUGCCUAAGUUAAUUCCCCAGAAUUAUUCUCAGAACUUCCAGAUGAAUUUUAUUAACCUGGUGUAAAACCCAGCAGCCGAGGUAAGGAAAAGUAGAAUAAUGUUUGUUCUCUGAUUGCCUGCCAGCCCCAGUGGGAAAUGAUCUCUUUCUCCUUUGAACUCCCAAGGCACCUCACUGUAAACUUUCACGCUCUACCCUUGUAUUUAUAUUUAUUUGUGAACUUGUCUUACUUUCCCAGCUGGACUCUGUGUUCCAUGAAGGCAGGGAAGACUUUGCAUCUUAUUCUUUAUAUCCCCCGCAGAGCAUAGCAUGAAGCUCUGAGCAUACUAAGUGCUCAAUAAAUACUUUUGUUUGGCAAAUAUGAUUAUAUUAUUGGCUUUUAGUGUAACUAGUUUAAUGUCCCCUGCCCUCUCUUUCUUCCUGUUGUGAGCACCCGUUAAGUGCAGUUCCAAUGGUGUUCAAAACUACCAAUGCCUUUUUGGACCCUAGGGCAUGUAAUACUUGGUGGGGAGGGGAGCACUAGUUAUAAAAAUCAUAAGAACUGAGGAGGACAUAACAAAACAAACAGAUUUUUAUGUAUUGGCAAGAUUGCAUAAAAGCACUCCUGAAUUAAGAAUACUUAGCUAUAAUAAUGGAGGUUGCCUAAUGCUCUAAGGAGUACCUCAGGGGCUUGCAUUAAGAGAGCCUCCUGGUGCAACACUUGACAUUGAGGCAUUUUACUGCACAGAAGAGGUUCAAAAUACAACCAUUAAAGCUGUUAUUCAAAAUAUAUUUUGCAAGGGAAAGAUUAGUCAUGCCCUCCUCCGAACUUCAUCUGACGUUGCUUUAAGUUAGCUUUGCAGGGUUUUAGAUGAGAUUUUUCACAUAAAUGGCUGCCUUCCCUGUCCUCCUUUCUCUCUAAAUUCUGUCUUUCCCAAGUCUGCAUUGCCUUCCAGUUAAGCUGAGUUAUGUAUUUUGUUUACAUGUUACAUAUAUCUAAGUUUACUAGUCCUUUGAAAGGGAAAUAAGUGUUACGGUUCAUGUGUUGUUGUUUUUUUUAAGGAGAUUUAUUUCUUUUUUAAGUGCUGGGGCCUAACACUUAGAGUUGAACUUAGUUAUUAGCGGACAGCUAGAUUAGUUGAAGGGGACAAAGGUUUUUCCCCUUCUAAGAGUCUGAGUUGAGUUAAAACUCUGUGGGGUUUUGAGAAAUGUUUAGAAGAAAGUAGGGGUUGGUUGGAGUUUUUUUUAGAAGCAGGCAAAGACUGUUAUCAUGAGUGGUGACAUUUAAAGCUGGUGUGGUGGCUAACGAGUUCUAUUUUAGGAGUUGUUUAGAAAAUACUGUUGCUUUGGGUUCUUCCCAGUCACCCCAGCUUCCAGUCCCAUUAUUUUAAGACUGGUAUAUUUGGCCACUUGUGAUAGAAGAAGCAGGAUGGUUUAGAGAACAGUGAUUGAUGGACUUGGAAACAAGAGGCCUGGUCCUGGCUCCAGUAUUUUGUGACCCUGAGCAAGCCACAUCAGCUUGCUAAGCCUCAGUGUCCACAACUGUAAAAUGGAGAUGAUAAUAUUUUACACUGAAUACCUCACAGGGUUGUAGAAGGGAGGGCAUUUUGUAAACUCUAGAUCACUUCAAAAAUGGAAGCUACUCUCCAUAUUUCAAAGAUGUCAUUUCAUCAAUGAGAGUACCUCAUCCACCAAUGCCAGGCAAAAGCUCUCCACAACUUAGAGCUGUUUGAGCCCUAAAAUGAAUCCCUGUGUGGCCAACUUAGUAGGGUUGAGCUGCUCUCAACUUUGCUAGGCUGGUCUUUGGACUGCAGACCAGACAGUCCAGCAUCAGAUUCAUCCUCAAAGCCUUCCUGGCUUGAUGUAAAUAAUAGUUAGCAGCUGGUUGAUAAAAUGUUACUUAUAGCUUGUAAAUGAGCAAUUCUUCAUAUUAGUGUGCUAAUCUUAAAAUAGAAGUGUGUGAUUUCAACACUGUAGCUCAACUUUGGAGAAUGGGGUUAUAAUAAUCAGACAAACAAGGCACGAGGUCUAGCAUUCAUCUCUAGUUUGGAUGGUCUUUCAUUUUUUUUUGGUUAAAAAUGUAUCUGUUCAUUGAAAAGAAUUUUAUUUCCUCAUUACCCUAGCACUUGAAGAGCAGGUUGGGGAAUAGUGUCCAUCGUGUAGAAUUUCUUUUGGAGAUAUAAGUCAGGAACAUCCCUUUUGGGUCCAACCCACUAAAAAGAUAGCAGGAUGUUGACAGGUACUCCAGCAAAAGAACAAGAAUGUCAUUCUCUUGUCUAACUGGGUUUAAGUAUUCCCUCAUCUUUGAAACUGACAUUUCAUAGAGAGAGGGAAGGUACCCCAACAAGCUAUCAAGUCCAACUCCGAUAUGUCAUAGAUGAGGAAACUGAAACAAAAGAUGUCAGGUGACUUGCCCAGGGUCACACUGCUACUAAAUAAAAGGCAGAAUUUUAACUCAAGUUUUCUUAAAUUUAAGUGUAGUACCUAUCACCAGUGCUGUAAAACUCAGAGGGGCCACAUACAUAAGGAUCCCAAUGAACCAUAUAUCAACCAGAAAAUCACAUGUUAACAUUAUGCUCUAUUUUAUUUUUAUUUAUAAAUACUGCCUAAUGACAUAUUAACCUGGCUCAGGCUGCAGUUUUACAAAAAUAUCAGUUAUUAUUGAGGCAGCCACUUUACCAUCUUAAAAUGUGCUCCCAUGAAUAUGUGAGUGUCCUUGCUUCUCCUUUUUAAAGGGCUAUGUGAACUUGAAGGGACCACUCUUCAGCCUGGUGCUGUUCGAACAUUCUUGCUAUUCUCCCAGAAGCAGGAGACUAUUUGUUUUAAGAUUAUAAGCAUUUUAGAACUAGAAGGGACCUUAAAUGAGAUCUGAUCCAACUCCCUCAUUUUACAUUUGGUGAAACUGAGGCUCAAAGAGGUGAACCAACCUGGCCAAGACCACGUAGAUGAUAAAUAGCAAAGCCAGAAUAAUACCUCUGGUCCUUAAACUCCAGAUCUAACACUCCCCACUACACCAGUCCCAUGGUCUUAGAUCAUUUUUAUUCUUUAUGGCAGUGAUUUUUUGCCGUAGGUUUUAAUCUUACUUCUUUGUCUAAGACCUAAAAUGUGAGAAUCAGAUUCAUUUUCUUUACAUGUAAAACCUUAAUUAUUUUUCAUUCAUCUUGGUUUUGAGUUUUCCUGAUUGAUAUAAUUGUCUAUUCAUUCAUCAGUGUUUAUAGCCAGUUUCAUUUUGACCUCUAUACACCUGACCAUAUACCAUGCUCUCUCUGAGUAAGACUCAUAUUUUGAAGUCUUUUUUUCCAAGUAUAUGUAAAAUAAUGUGCUUUUAUAAUUGUGCUGUUCUUACUCUCUACCUGACAAAUAUCUUCAAACAUGGAAUGUUUUCCGUAUACCCUGGAACAGAAAGAAUUGAACAUGAAACCAAUCAAUCAAUUAACCAAUCAAGAAAUAUUUAUUAAGUGCCUACUAUGUGCUGGACACUAUGUGUAGAGCUGUUACUACAAAAAAGAGGCAAACGACAAUCCCUGCCCUCAGGGAGCUUGCAAUCCAACAGGAAAGACAACAUACAAAGGAAUAUAUCCAAAAGCAAGCUAUAGACAAGUUAAAUUAGAAAUAACAGAAGAAAGGCACUUGAAUUAAGAGGGUUACGUAUAACUUGCAUUUUUGAAGAAUAUAAUGAAUUCAACACUGUUAGUUUUUUAAUUGCCCUAUUUGUCUCUUUGUGAACUCCCUUCUGUUCUCUGUGUAUUUUUUUUUAAAGGCUACAAUGAAUCUCUUGAUUUUCUUGUUUGUUUGUUUUUUUCUUUUUUGGUGGGGGAAGGCAGCAUCCCUAGUCCUAAUCUCCUUCCCAGAUUUCUCCCAAAAUUUGAGGGGGGAAAAAAUCUUCCCUUGUAACAGAUGAGCAUAGUAAAGCAAAACAUAGCUACACAUUGGUCAUCUCCAAAUAUAUCUCAGUGUAUAUCUAAGUCUUCUAUCUAUAAGUCCCCCACCUCUCUAUAAGGCUCUUGAAUACUAGAUGGUCACUGCAUUGAUCAGAGUUAAGCCUCUCAAAAUUACUUCUAUUUACAAUGUUGUAAUUGUGUUUGUUGUUCUGGUUCUCUUUUCAUCAGUUCAUGUAAGCCUCAUUUUUCUCUGAAUCCAUCCCUUUCACCAUUUCUUAAGGAACAAGAAUUUAUCCUCAAAUGAAAAGGGAAAAAUACAGUGUAUUGAACAUUUUUUGUUAUGGAUGUGUAAAUGUACUUGCUAAAUAGGGUUUUCACUGAUUUCAAGUUUUGAUUUGAUACAGCCAAGAUUUUACUUAAUUUCUUGUAUUUGUUAUUAACAGAACAUUUACCCCAUUUUUACUGUUUUAUUUUAGUUUUUUUAUGUAAUCAUUAACAUUUUAAAAUAAAUAUUAUAUUGAUGCAUA